CUACGAUCGGAUGUACGUGUAUUCCACUGCCUGAUAAAUCUGCACAGUUUCAAGUUCUCAUAUAUUUUCAGAGAAUCUAUUAUCAGCAGCUGCUUAAGUAAUUGAAUAGAUGUAUGCAUGUAUUAAAUAAAGCCAAUCGACUGAGAGACACAAUUCUACACAGAGCGCACAUCCGGCUUUAUCGGAAUACAGAGACGACCGCUCUUCAUUUGGAUAUCACACAAAAAUACAUUCCAAAAACUUUUCCCUAAAAAUGGCGGCACAAAGCAAAUUGUUUAGUGCUGGAGUCGACUGCAGUUGCCACGCCUACAUGCAUCCGUGGACCACAAGCUGCGCCAGUGGUACGGCCGGCAUGAUGCUGGCCUCCAUACCUAGCUCUCUACGCACCUACUUCACAGUCUAUUUGAUCGCACUAAUCGCCCGCAGGCGCCUGCCUAGCCUGAAGGACCUAAAGCACACGGGGGCUGGCAUUUUGCAGUCGGCCGCCUUUCUAUCGACGAAUGCUUGGUGCUUCAGCUUAUUUGUGUGCCUGUUGCGUCAAGCUCUUGGACGUUUCUAUUUUGGAACUGCCGCCCUUGUUCCGGCCUUUUUUGCAAGCAUUGUGGCUCUGAAUGUCGAGCGUCCGGCACGCCGUGCGGCCCUAGCCUUAUAUGUGACCAAUGUGGGUCUGGAGACAUUGUGGCGUAUGCUAGAGGCCCGUGGUCUGGUCCACUCCAUACCCAAUGCACAAGUUCUAAUCAUGGGUCCCAGCAUUACCGCUUUGCUUUAUCUGCAACGCCUGGGCCUGCACAGGACCGUGGCAAAGGACAUAACAUUUAAGGUGUUACGUGUUAUUAUUGGCAAAGAGGAAGAGGGUCCUCUUAACAUGCCAGUAGCGAACAGUAGCGGCAGCCUAAGCUCGCGACAGAGGCGCCUGAGUUUCCGCAGCAUCAGGACUAUUUUGGGAUUGUAUGAACACUUUCGAGCUGCUAAGCAUUCCAGCUGUCCUCAUCGCCAAGGAUGUGCUAUUUACGCUUUGCGUGGUGGCCUCAAGCCCUUUGUGGGUGGCGUGGGACUAACAUUAUCCCUAAAACUGCUGCUCAACAUCAGCAAGAUAGUCCGUCUAAAAAUGGACUGGAGAAAACGAAUGUUCAACAAGGACUCUCUAAAGCUGGGUCUGGCACUGGGCAGUUUUUCAUUGCUCUACAAGAUGACUUCGUGUGCCCUCCGCCAUGGCUUUGGUUAUGAUAAUGCUCUGUUCGCCAUUCCAGCUGGCUUGCUAGGCUCCAUUGGACUGCUGCAAUUUCCCAAUACUACCGUUUCCCUUUACAUCAUGCUGAAACUGCUCCACCUGCUCUAUAAUUGGGGCAUUGAGGGAGGUGUACUGCCGGAGGUGCCACACUUCAUCACGUAUUUGUAUGCCUUCUUCACGGCUAUACUCUUCCAUUCUUCCAUAUUGGAGCCACGCUCCUUACGUGACAGUUACUACAGGUUCUUGAUGAACAUGUCGGGCAAUAGAAUCUGCCGUUUUGGUGUGCGUUCGUUGGAAGAUCUUGGUCUGGAGAGCCACGAACAGAUGCUGGAUGUUGUACAAAAGCUGAAGAUCAAUACAGCUUCACCCAACCCGUCGGUGCCACUAAUGUAGAAGUAUCCGACACAUCCUAACAUUUGAAGAAUGGAAACUUUGGUUGAACAUACAUAAACUUUUCAUAUAACAGCCUUA